UAUCGCAUUAUACACUCGCUUUUAACUUUCAUGAUUUAACAGCCGUGGAUUUUAGUAUGACUUGUUUAUGUGCUGGAUUAAUGAAAUUGUAUCGAUUUUAUUUAUAAGCUGUUUACUAAUGGAUUAAUAGGAAUAGCGAACUAACAACUAUAAAAGCGAAAGGGCAAAUGAAGGUCACUAAGUGUCUUUACAACAUGAUUUAAAGCAAAUGGUCUAAGCAAGUAUGAAUACACCUUAAAUGGCAACAUAAAUAUAUGGACGUGUUUUGGAAUACGGAGCAAAUAUGACUAUCUUUCGCCUGCACAGCCGUGUCAAUCGUGUUUGGGCAGUUCGUGGAUUAUGCUUAACCCUCGUCUUUUACAUCGUCGGGUAUGUGAUGAGGAUGUCAUCGGAUGUUGGCGGAGUUCAAAGCAGGUCUUUAUUGAAAACGCGUGAUUUUCAAAAGGCAAAGCUUGAAAAUGUCGGUACCAGCAGCAUAACUAUACGAACUGUUGCUACAACGAAGAAGCAGGAUUUGCUCGAGUGCAGAUCAGAUUUCAGCGACCCAUACAACACAACCACAACCCUCGAUCUCGCUGAACGAACGUAUUUUGACGAUUUGAUUGAUGGGCAGUAUGUUCUACCACAUAAACCGGUGAAUGAAGCAGCAUAUAGCGACAAUCUUGAGCCGUUGACGGUCAUAAUCAUGCCGUUUACGCACGUGGAUCCUGGCUGGCUGCAAACUUUGGACGAGUAUUACAUGUUUAGUGUCCGAAACAUUUUGGACGGCAUGGUUCGCAAGCUGGUCUUCUACCCAGAGUUGACCUUUAUCUGGGCAGAAAUAGUCUUCUUCAGCAUGUGGUGGAACGAACAAAAUAAGGAAAUCAAACAAAACGUUAGAGAUCUUGUCAAACAAGGUCGGCUUGAGUUUGUAUCGGGAGGCUGGGUGAUGCCAGAUGAAGCCAGCACCAGUUACACAUCCGUCAUCGACCAACAGACCGAGGGACAUCAGUGGCUACUGGACAAUGUAGGAGUGACUCCAAACAACAGUUGGUCAGUUGACCCUUUUGGCCACUCCGGAACCAUGCCGUAUAUUUGGAAGCUAGCUGGGAUGAAGAAUAUGGUGAUAAAUCGAAUCCAUCAGGGAACUAAGGCUCAGAUGAUCCGAGAAAACGGUUUGGACUUUUACUGGAGACAAUUUUGGACUCAAGAUGCAGACAUAUUUUGCCAUUGUAUGCCAUACGAAGUGUACAGUUUAAAAAGUAACUGUGGUCCAGACCGAAAGAUUUGCGAACGGUUUGAUUUCCAACAUGUCGAGGGAGUAUUUUAUGAGAAAAUUAACCCAGAGAUAGAUAACAUAAACGUCGUCAAUUUGUCCCGGCUUUUAUAUGAACAAUAUCGAAUGAAAAGUAGUUUGUUUAAGCACAACACUGUUCUGGUUCCCUUGGGGGAUGAUUUCAGAUAUGAUCAUAUGAAUGAAUGGGAUCAACAAUAUGUUAAUUACAAGAAAUUAAUGGAAUACAUGAACUCUAAGCCUGAAUGGAAGAUUCAUGUGAAAUUUGGUACUCUAAAUGACUUCUUAAAUACUGUAUAUAAGCAUUCAGACACUUCUAAAUUUCCUAUUAUUAGUGGUGAUUUCUUUCCUUAUUCGGAUCGCAAAUCAGGCUACUGGACAGGGUAUUUCACGACCAGAGUCUUUGAUAAAACAUUCUCCAGAGACGUCGAGUCUCGACUCAGGGCUGCGGAGAUAAUGCACUCAUUUGCUUCAACUUACAGCAAACAUUGGAAUAGAAAAUACGCUGGAUUGGUCUCAUUAGCAAGACAGUUGACCUCUGCUCGUCAAAAUUAUGGAUUGUUUCUUCACCAUGAUGCUAUUACUGGAACGGAAAGACAGAACGUCGCUAUGGAUUAUGAGCAAAGACUGUUCAGUGCGUAUAACAUUGCUGGGAAGGUGCUCACUGAGGCAACUCAUUUUGUUUUGUCGAGGGGAAAAAACUCAGGCCCGAGCAAUAUGAAAUUCUUGACGUCGAGAAAAGAUAGUAUUCAUCUUGCGCAGCAUAAUUUAGUGAAGCUGUUUGAAGAAGGAUCGAAAAUUGUAAUUUACAAUCCGACCGGUCAGUUCAGAUCUGAAUUUGUGGGAAUCACAUUCGACCAGUAUGCAAUAGAAAUCAUUGAUUCUAAGAAUAGAAGCCUUGUAUAUCAACUAAAUCCGGUGUUUUCAAGUAAUGAAAAGGUAAGCAAAUCCUUGGUAGAAGUUUGGUUUCUGACCGAAAUCGCCCCAUUUGGUGUUGAAACGUACACUGUCAGAAAAACAAGUCGACCUCACAAAGGUCAGUGGGCAAGCAUUUCAGUUCGAAACAUGAAAAACCUGGUUUUACCUUCGAAACUCAAGUUUAAAUUUAAGCCCGAGCUCAGUGUGGACGGGAUGCCAAUAUCAAUACAAAAUGAACACAUGGCUGCAUAUUUUAACGAAAACUAUGGAUUUCUUAACAGAGUCAAACAACUAUCUGGUGGUGACGAAACUGGAAUUGACAUUGACCUUUCCUUCGUUCAAUACACGUCAUCAGCUAGUGGGGCUUACACGUUUGUACCGGACGGACCAGCAAUACCAUUCAUAAACACAGUUCCAAACAUACGCAUUAUUGAGGGCCCAUAUUUGUCUGAGGUGCAAGUUGUGUGCCCAACCAUCUAUCACCGUAUUAAGCUUUACAAGCAUAAGGGAUUGGUAGGGACACAGCUUCACAUUGAUAAUACCCUAGACAUGGCAUCCCAUGAUAUGGCGAGCAGAGAAGUCGCUAUGAGAUUACAGACAUCAAUACAAAACGAAAAGGGAACGUUUUUCACAGAUCAAAAUGGGUUCCAAUAUAUACGUAGGAAAAGGCAUCCUUCAGACAAGAUUCGUCAACACAUAGAGAGAAACUUUUACCCGCUGACGACAAUGGCUUUCAUGCAGGAUGAUUUAAGACGGCUUACAUUGCACUCCGCCCAGCCUCAUGGAGUUGCCUCUCUUGAGAGUGGAUGGUUGGAAGUGAUGUUAGAUAGACAUAUUUUCUUUGGAGAUGGGCGUGGAAUGGAUGACCCAGUUAUAGAUAAUAAGAUCACUGAAACGAGCUUUAUUUUACAGUUAGAAUAUAGUGAAAAACCCUUAAGUGAUGAAUAUUACUCUUUUCCUUCGUUAGACAGUACUGUAAUGAAUGGUUUCUUAAAUAAGCCGUUGCAAAGGAUGUUUACAACAAUGUCACUAACUGGCUUCGGAUCAAACUUUCAGCCAGUUAAAAGUGAUUUACCUUGUGGUAUAUCUUUAGAAAGUGCAAAGGUGCUUUACAAUUAUGUUAGUGGCGCAGUAAAAGGAAUCGGUCUCAUUUUACACAGACACGGAUUUCGUUGCAGCUUUAGAAGUAAAUCAGAUUGUGAAUAUACGAACUUGAACUUAGAAACAUUAUUGCCAGACACGAAUAAUUUGGAUAUAAAAGAGACUACUAUUAACUUUGUGCAAGAGAAAUCAUCUUCUCGUUAUUUGACUUUAAGCAGUAUAGAAAUGAAGCCAAUGGAGAUUAAAGCUUUCUUUGUGCAGGACACAACCUUAAACAAACACUUGAAUAAAACCAUUUUGCAUUAGUAUUGUUCCCAGUGUUGAUUAUUUCCUAGUUCGUGCUUUCACUUUAAUUUGUGCAAUGAGAUUUAAAGGCCUUCCAUAGUAGAAAAGUCGUUUGAAGCACCAAAACUAAAAAUGUUUUAUUUAUUUUUAGCUCGACUAUUCGAAAAAUAAGUGGGCUAUACUACUCGCCCCAGCGUCGGCAUCGGCGUCCGGUUAAAGUUUUAGGGCAAGUUGGGAUUUUCACUUAUAAAUCCAAUACCGUUCAUUCAAUUGACUAAAUACUUCACACAGUUGUUCAGGGCCAUCACAUGAUGAGGUUAGAUAACUCCACAUUAUUCUUUACACAGAUUAUGGCCCCUGAUUGACUAUGGAACUUAGGUUAAAGUUUUAGGGCAGGUUGGGAUAUUUAUUAAUAACUUCUAUACCCUUUGUUCAAUUGACUUAAUACUUCACACAGUUGUUCAGGACCAUCACACAAUGAGGUUCCAUAACUCUAUAAUAUCCUUAAUACAAGUUAUGGCCCCUGAUUGACUAAGGUUUUAAGUUUUAGGGCAGGUUAAAGUUUUAGGGCAAGUUGGGAUUUUCACUUAAAACCCCAAUACCAUUCAUUCAAUUGACUUAAUACUUCACACAGUUGUUCAGAGCCAUCACAUAUUUAGGUCAGAUAACUCCAUAUUAUCUUUUAUACAAAUUAUGGCCCCUGAUUGACUAUGGAACUUAGGUUAAAGUUUUAGGGCAGGUUGGGAUGUUUAUUAAUAACUUCUAUACCCUUUGUUCAAUUGACUUAAUACUUCACACAAUUGUUCAGGACCAUCACACAAUGAGGUUACAUAACUCCAUAUUAUUUACUACAAGUUAUGGCCCCUGGUUGACUUAGGUUAAAGUUUAAGGGCAGUUUAAAGUUUUAGGGCAAGUAGGGAUUUUAAUGAAAAAACUUCUAUACCAUUCAUUCAAUGCACUUAAUACUUUGCAGAAUUAUUGACGACCAUCUUACAACAAGGAACAUAACUCCAUUUUAGCCCUAAAUACAAAUUAUUGCCCUUAAAUGUUGUUUCCCCACAGUUUAAUAUUCAUAACCACAUUUUCAUAAAGCUAUUUGAAUGACGUGCGUCAUUGUCUGGGCGGGCUGGUGUUAGGGCAGCGUCAAAGUCACCAUGGUUGACUUUCUGUAACCAAACUUGAUAUGUAGGAAGAGUUUAUGGAGGUCGUCCAUGGGGUUGUGUUUGGGGCCAUUAGGAUCAAGGUCACUCUUACAAAAAUAGAAGAAACAGUUGAAACUGAAUCUCUUCUGCCAAUCAUUAAAAAUCUGGUUUUGUCACAUCACGAUUCUUGUUCACUUUUCAAUUUGAUUGUUUUAUUGCUUUUGACAGGCACAUUACAUCGUUAUUGUAUUCACUUCUAAGUCAAAGCGGCGUAGUCGAGCGCGCUGUCUUACGACGGCUCUUGUUUUAUUUUUGAGGCUCAAUAUUUAGCAAGCAUAAUUUAUUUAUCCGUUGCAACAUGUGUAGCUGUAAUUAGGAGUUGGGCAAAUUUUACGAAAGAAGAUUUUAUCAGUUUCAGUUAUAUGGGUAUCAGUUUAACAAACAACAUACAAAAUGCAUAAACAUAAAUUUGCAUGAUUAAGUAAUAUAAAGUCAAAACGCAUUUACAUUUCGCGAACAUCUGAUAAAAUUUUCUUCCGUAAAAUUUGGUCAACUCCUUACUCCCCCAAAACAUGUCACAAAGAAUGUAUGUUUUACUCUCGAAAAAGAUCGUUCCUCAAAACAAAAUAUAACAUGAACUUUUGAAACGUUUGAAUUUUUGGCCUUUCACAACCACUUUUGCAUUGUUGAAGGCGCUUAUAAAUGAUAUUAUAGUUUUGUUAUUCCACGCUUUGAUAUAUGAUUUGCUUACAUGUUAGUGUAUGUACUGUUUUUUACACGACAGCCGACUUUUAUAAAUAAUGUUUUGUCAAAGAAUACCAUGCAUGUAUACAUGUAUAAGUGCAAAAAAAAUAGAA